GCCGGAAGUUGAGGCCUGAUCUUCGCGUGGUGAUGUCGGCCGGUGGAGCUGUGGAGCCUGGGCUCCCGGCGGCGGCUGCCGCUCCCUCGCCCGCCCCGGCUCGGGAUCCCGGGCCCGGGCACUUGUUCCGGCCUAUCAGUGCUGAGGACGAGGAGCAGCAGCCCACUGAGAUCGAGUCGCUGUGCAUGAACUGCUACUGCAAUGGCAUGACGCGCCUCCUGCUCACCAAGAUCCCCUUCUUCAGAGAAAUAAUCGUGAGCUCCUUUUCCUGCGAGCACUGUGGCUGGAACAACACGGAGAUCCAGUCGGCGGGCAGGAUCCAGGACCAGGGAGUGCGCUACACUCUGACUGUCAGGGCUCAGGAGGACAUGGACAGAGAAGUAGUGAAGACUGACUCUGCCACCACAAGGAUACCAGAGCUGGAUUUUGAAAUUCCUGCCUUCAGCCAGAAAGGAGCUCUGACUACUGUUGAAGGGUUGAUUAGCCGCGCCAUCUCUGGCCUGGAGCAGGAUCAGCCCACUCGAAGGGCGAACGAAGAAGCCGUGGCUGAAAGAAUUGAUGAAUUCAUUGCCAAACUGAAAGAGCUAAAGCAAGUGGCCUCUCCUUUCACAUUAAUCAUUGAUGAUCCCUCAGGGAACAGCUUUGUGGAAAACCCACAUGCUCCCCAGAAAGAUGAUGCCCUGGUGAUCACACACUAUAAUCGGACUCUGCAGCAGGAGGAGAUGCUGGGGCUCCAGGCAGAGGCACCAGAAGAGAAGCCAGAAGAGGAAGAUAUCAGAAACGAAGUGCUCCAGUUCAACACAAAUUGCCCAGAAUGCAAUGCUCCAGCCCAGACCAACAUGAAGCUAGUUCAAAUCCCUCACUUUAAGGAGGUUAUCAUCAUGGCUACCAACUGCGAGAACUGCGGCCAUCGGACCAACGAGGUGAAAUCUGGAGGAGCUGUGGAGCCCUUGGGCACCAGGAUCACCUUCCACAUCACCGAUCCCUCAGAUAUGACCAGAGAUCUGCUCAAGUCUGAGACAUGCCGUGUGGAAAUCCCAGAGCUGGAAUUUGAACUGGGAAUGGCUGUCCUUGGGGGCAAGUUCACCACACUGGAGGGGAUGCUGAAAGACAUCCGGGAACUGGUAACCAAGAACCCUUUCACACUGGGUGACAGCUCCAGUCCUGGCCAGACGGAGAAACUGCAGGAGUUUAGUCAGAAGUUGGACCAGAUCCUCGAGGGUAUUUUGAAGGCUCACUUUAUUAUGGAUGAUCCAGCAGGAAAUAGCUACUUGCAGAAUGUGUAUGCACCUGAAGAUGAUCCUGAGAUGAAGGUAGAGCAUUAUAAGCGCACAUUUGACCAAAACGAGGAGCUGGGGCUCAACGACAUGAAGACAGAGGGCUAUGAGACAGGGCUGCCUGCCCAGCGGUAGCAGUGGCGGUUCCUGGCCAGCCUCCAGUGCUACUCAGACGAUGGGGUUAUUUAUUGCUUUUGGAAAAGGCUGGAGUUGCCCCCCUACCAGGCCUUGCCCGUGCAGGGAGGAGACCUGGUCUAAGUCGGAGAUCUGGGCACACUUUCUGAACAGUUUGUGAUGGAAAUACAAACUUCUUGGGUUACUUGACCUUGCUUGGAAGGAUUUGAAUUGGCGUGGAAAGAAACCCAGAAACGAACCAUCGGGCAUGUCACUGUCACUUUUUUCCUUUCAAGUCUUUACCCUCCCUCCACACAGUGCUCUCUCAUAUAGGGCUGGAACUCUCAAGAGUUGGGAGAAGGUGGAUGACAUCUACAUCUGGAGUUUGGGAGUUGGGUUGGGUAUAUAAAAUACUGACUUUCAACAGUAAGAGUCUUCUGAGGGGAGGGAGUCUAGGACAGGUGAAGAAGUUCUCAUUAAAAUGGUGGCAC